AAAAAUUCCUAACCUUCAAAGGCUUUUAAGCAAACUCAUACGUAGUACUACGUACUACGUAGUACUACGUACUACGUAUGUUGGAGUCCGGGUCUAUGCGGGCAUGGCCGCCGCGAUUGCUAGACCGUUAAUCCGGCGGCUUCUAUGGCACUCCUUAACAACAGUAGCGCCGCAUUCCACCGCCCCACCGCAAUUCAAGCUCCACGCGAACAGAGAUUUCGCCACAUCCGCCACCCGCGCCCGUAGAAAUAAAACUAGAUCCAUUGAGAUUACGAGUAGCGUCGCAGAGAAGAAGAAUAGCAGAAAGUCGAUGCUCAAUAGAAGGACUCGGUCGGAUAAGGAUAUUGACGAGGAGAGCUUUCUGAAGCUGUAUGGAAAUGACAAUUCUGGUCAUGUUCCAGUCUUGCUUGGUGAAGUGUUGGAUGUUUUUUCCUCUGUCCACCUCCGCUCCUUCGUCGAUUGCACCCUCGGCGCGGCUGGCCAUUCUUCCGCGAUUAUUCUUGCACAUCCAGAGAUGCAAGCUCAUAUUGGUUUUGAUGUUGAUCCAGUUGCACAUCGAAUGGCUCAAGAUCGAAUCAAUGCUCUCUUAAAGAACGAAUCUAGUUUUACAGAUUCACAAUUGAAGGUGCAUACUUAUUUGAAAAAUUUUAAGGAUGUGAAAUAUGUGCUUUGUGAGGUCGACAAGAGACUAUUGACUUCUGGAGUUGAUGGGAUCCUUAUGGACUUGGGAAUGUCCUCUAUGCAGGUGAAUGAUGCUCAAAGAGGUUUUAGCGUGCUAAAGCGUGGGCCUCUUGAUAUGCGGAUGGAUCCUAAGGUCUGUGGCAGGCAACUCUGAAAGCUGAAGACAUUUUAAAUUCUUGGCCAGCUGAUGAAGUGGGGAGAAUCUUACGUGAUUAUGGAGAAGAAAGCAAUUGGCACUUUCUUCAAAACAAAAUUGUUAGCGCCCGCUUGACUGGUGGGCUGCACUCUACUGGUCAACUAGUUGAUCUUAUUCAGAAAUCAACUUUCAGGACGAAAGGAAGACAAGGCUGGAUAAAGACGGCAACAAGAGUCUUCCAAGCUCUUAGAAUAGCUGUUAACGAUGAACUUAGGACGCUGGAGGGUUCCAUCUAUUCCUGUUUUGAUUCCCUUGCUCCUGGUGGGCGGCUAGCUGUCAUCUCUUUCCACAGCUUGGAGGACAGAAUAGUGAAGCAUUCAUUUCUCCGUGUCAUCAAUGGGGGCGAUCCUGCAUCUUCUAGAGCUGAAGAAAAAUGCUCUCGAAAUGAAGAUGGUGAAAGAGAGUUGUGGGUUAAACAGAUUAUACAAGGCCGGGAUGGGACUAUCCUCACUAAGAGGCCCAUAACUCCAUCUCAGAGGGAAGAGAUGCUGAACACUAGAAGCCGGAGUGCCAAACUGAGGGUAAUUCAGAAAGCUCCGUGAUGGAUGGAGAAUUGCUAAUUUUGGGUUGUUCUGACAAGUGCCAACCAAUAUUGUAAGAGUAGUAACUAUAUCAUUCCUUUUAGCAUUAUAGUUUUUUUGGGUGUACUUUCUCUUCCUCCCAUUAUGUGUUCUGUUAAAUGUCAAACAUCCUUGAUUGGGAUGAAUUUCGAACAUGUGACCUCCUUGUGAUCGAACCAUAAGGUGUUUGGCGGGUAGCUUGGUUGGUAAAGUUAAAUUUAGAUAAACUAUCCCUAUUAGUUAAACUUGUCAACACUCAACAUUGGGGUCAAUUGAACUUAAUUUAAUUUCCAU